AUGAAGAUUUUUUCUGAAUCUCAUAAAACAGUGUUUGUCGUGGAUCACUGCCCUUACAUGGCAGAAUCGUGCAGACAGCAUGUCGAAUUUGAUAUGCUGGUGAAGAAUAGGACCCAAGGAAUCAUCCCAUUGGCCCCCAUAUCUAAAUCGUUGUGGACUUGCUCAGUAGAAUCUUCCAUGGAAUACUGUAGAAUAAUGUAUGACAUAUUUCCUUUCAAAAAGCUGGUGAAUUUCAUUGUAAGUGACUCUGGAGCACAUGUUUUAAAUUCUUGGACUCAAGAAGACCAAAAUUUGCAGGAGCUGAUGGCAGCAUUAGCUGCAGUUGGGCCUCCUAAUCCACGGGCAGAUCCAGAAUGCUGCAGUAUUCUGCAUGGUCUCGUUGCAGCAGUGGAAACCCUCUGUAAAAUUACUGAAUACCAACAUGAGGCUCGUACUCUGCUGAUGGAGAAUGCAGAACGUGUUGGAAAUAGAGGACGAAUAAUUUGCAUUACUAAUGCAAAAAGUGAUAGUCAUGUGCGAAUGCUUGAGGACUGUGUCCAGGAAACAAUUCACGAGCAUAACAAACUUGCUGCAAAUUCAGAUCAUCUCAUGCAGAUUCAGAAAUGUGAGCUAGUCUUGAUCCACACCUACCCUGUUGGUGAAGACAGCCUUGUAUCUGAUCGUACUAAGAAAGAGUUGUCCCCGGUUUUAACCAGUGAAGUUCAUAGUGUUCGUGCAGGACGGCAUCUUGCUACCAAAUUAAAUAUUUUAGUACAGCAGCAUUUUGACUUGGCUUCAACUACUAUUACUAAUAUUCCAAUGAAGGAAGAACAACAUGCUAACACAUCUGCCAAUUAUGAUGUGGAGCUGCUUCAUCACAAAGAUGCACAUGUAGAUUUCCUGAAAAGUGGUGAUAACCAUUUAAGUGGCAGCAGUAGAGAAGGCUCAUUUAAAGAAACAAUAACAUUAAAGUGGUGCACACCAAGGACAAAUAACAUUGAAUUACACUAUUGCACUGGCGCUUACCGAAUUUCACCUGUAGAUGUAAAUAGUAGACCUUCCUCCUGCCUUACUAAUUUUCUUCUAAAUGGCCGUUCUGUUUUAUUGGAACAACCACGAAAGUCAGGUUCCAAAGUCAUUAGUCAUAUGCUUAGUAGCCAUGGAGGAGAGAUUUUUUUGCACGUCCUUAGCAGUUCUCGAUCCAUUCUAGAAGAUCCACCUUCAAUUAGUGAAGGAUGUGGAGGAAGAGUUACCGACUACCGGAUUACAGAUUUUGGUGAAUUUAUGAGGGAAAACAGAUUAACUCCUUUUCUAGACCCCAGAUAUAAAAUCGAUGGAAGUCUUGAGAUUCCUUUGGAACGAGCAAAAGAUCAGUUAGAAAAGCACACCCGUUACUGGCCUAUGAUUAUUUCACAAACCACCAUUUUUAAUAUGCAAGCGGUAGUUCCAUUAGCCAGUGUUAUUGUGAAAGAGUCUUUGACAGAAGAAGAUGUAUUAAACUGUCAAAAAACAAUAUACAACUUAGUUGAUAUGGAAAGAAAAAACGAUCCUCUGCCUAUUUCCACAGUUGGUACAAGAGGAAAAGGUCCUAAAAGAGAUGAGCAGUACCGAAUCAUGUGGAAUGAAUUAGAAACCCUUGUCAGAGCCCAUAUCAACAAUUCGGAGAAACAUCAAAGAGUCUUGGAAUGUCUAAUGGCAUGUAGAAGCAAACCCCCAGAAGAAGAAGAACGAAAGAAACGAGGAAGAAAGAGGGAGGACAGAGAGGACAAGUCAGAGAAAGCAGUGAAAGAUUAUGAACAGGAGAAAUCCUGGCAAGAUUCUGAGAGAUUAAAAGGAAUCUUAGAACGUGGGAAAGAAGAGCUGGCUGAAGCUGAGAUUAUAAAAGAUUCACCUGAUUCCCCAGAACCUCCAAAUAAAAAGCCUCUUGUUGAGAUGGAUGAAACUCCACCGGUAGAAAAAUCAAAAGGGCCAGUGUCCUUAUUAUCUUUAUGGAGUAAUAGAAUCAACACUGCCAAUUCCAGAAAGCAUCAGGAGUUUGCUGGACGUUUGAACUCUGUUAAUAACAGAGCUGAGUUAUAUCAACAUCUUAAAGAGGAAAAUGGAAUGGAGACAACAGAAAACGGAAAAGCCAGCCGGCAGUAAAGAGUGACUUGAGCAAGUGAAUUUAGUAUACUGCAUAGAUAUUUUGGAUGGAAUUUGAUAUAAGAACUUUUACAGCAAGAUUGUAUAGUUAUGAUGCCUGGACUGGUUUUUACAUUUUUAAAAUAUUUCAACUAACUUUAUCUUUUUUGUAUUAAUUGUAAAAUUGGCACAUAUGUCAAAAAUAUACAUUU